GACCUGAGCGCCUGCCAUGGAGCCGCAGAAAGAGGCGCGAACACCCAGGGACCCCGUCGCGCGGCUACCCGGGGCCUCUAGGUCUCAGAAGCCGGACGAGGAGGAGCGGCGGGAGGGCGGCUCAGCGCCGGCGGCGACUGCCUUGGACGCGGAGGCGGACGGGGCUAGUGCGGCCGGGCUGUGGGAACUGCCAGUGGAGCCGGCUGAGCGGAGGCCCGAAUGCAGCCGCUGCAGCCGACCUCAGAAAGUGUGUUUGUGUCCGUUUCUACCAGUGCAUCCUCUACACAUCUCUACCCACUUGUACAUAAUUCAGCAUCCAGCAGAGGAAAACAAGGUGUUGCGGACAGUUCCUCUGCUAACAGCUUGUCUCCCCCAAGAUAAGUGUAAAGUCAAGAUUGGUCGUCGCUUCAGUGAGGAAAGAGAUCCUGAACUUUCAACUGUUUGUCGGAAGUCUGAUACAUUAAUAUUAUAUCCAGGGGCUGAAGCUGCUAAUUUGGAAGAAUUUAUAUUAGAUUCUCCUAUUUAUCCUUCCACAAUCAUCAUCAUCGAUGGUACAUGGAGCCAGGCUAAGGACAUUUUCUACAAGAAUUCCUUGUUCCGACUGCCUAAACAGGUGCAAUUAAAAACUAGCAUUUCUAGUCAGUAUGUAAUUCGGGCACAACCAACUAAUAGGUGCCUUUCUACACUGGAGUGUGCAGCUGUUGCUCUUUCUAUCUUGGAGAAAAAUAAUUACAUACAAGAGACUUUGCUUCGCCCUCUUCAAGCUUUAUGCUCUUUCCAGCUUCAGCAUGGUGCUCAAAUUCGCCUCAGCAAGGAACACCUUCUGAAAACUGGAUUAUAUCCUAAGCCGAUGCCAAAGAACAAACGCAAACUCAGGAAAAUGGAACUAUUAAUGAACAGCAUUAAAAUUUAGUACAGUUGUUCUUAUGGUGCUAGUUUUGGUGUCUUCAGCUGACAAU